AUGCCUAAAAGUCAAAACGAACUAAAAUUGGAGCGAUUAUGCUCUAAACGUGAAACUAUCUUUCGUAGGGCUCAAUUAUGUUACGAUGCCGGGUCGGCCUUAGAAAAAGAUCCAGAAAAUGCCUCAAAAAUGCGUAACUUUGCAGUUAGAUAUAGUACUUUCGAAAAAACUCUAUCAGAAUAUGAGGAAAUUGUUCAAGAUAUCGUUAUAUUAAAACAAGAGAUGGAGCCAGAUGCUGGCGUUGCAUACCAUACGCAUUUAGAUGCAUUUUAUGAUCUCUACUCCAAUAUUGAAUAUUUAGCUUCAUUAUUAAUAAAUAAACCUGCUGUUUUGAGUAAUAAUCCCAAUAGUACUAAUAAUUCUGCUAUUAAAAUGCCCAAAUUUGAAUUAGUUAAGUUUGAUGGUGAAGAUAUAUCUCUGUGGCCUGUUUUCUAUGAAAAUUUCAAACAAUUUGUUCAUAACAAAAUAGAAUAUCCCAAGUCCGAUAAGCUACAGUAUUUGUUGAGUUGUAUUUCCGGGAAAGCCUUGAAAAGCUGUAGCUCAAUAGAACCCAUUCCUAAUAAUUAUGACAUUAUUUGGAAUAUGCUUGUUGAAAGAUAUAAUGAUAAAAAAUAUUUGUUUAAUCUCUAUAUGGAUCGAAUUGUUAAUUUUCGCGGUUUGCAAUCUAAUAAUCCAUCAUAUUUGGAAAUAUUUUUUGGAAAAGUUUGA